CUGAGUGGUUUGCAGCCACCUCCAUCAACUUUGCCUUCAAUGGCUGAAGCCAGAAAGGAAUACAAAGGCUCAGAUGCUGGACCUGGUGCUCCUGGAGAAGUUUCUGGCUGUCCUUCCCCCAGAGAUGGAGAAGCGGGUGCGGGAGUGUGGAGUGGAGACCACUUCCCAGGCGGUGGCCCUGGCCGAAGGCUUCCUCCUGAGCCAGGCAGAAGAGGAGGGAAGUUCUACUGAGGUGGAUCCACAAGGUCCAAAUGCAAGGGAAGAUCUAUUAGAUCACUCUCUGGGAAUGUUCUUCAGGGCAAUCUCCCAGGAGGAUCAUCUUGAGGACAUCUCACCAGGGGAUGGUACAAUGUCAGUGGGCCUUGUUCAGAGUUCUUCUUUUUCUGACGGAGCAGCAGAAAGAUCCACUCUGCCUCCAGUUCAGAAUCCCGUGUCCUUCCCGGAGGUGGUGGUGUGUUUCUCAGAGGAGGAGUGGGCUCUGCUGGAUUCCACGCAAAAAGCCCUCUACAGGGAAGUCAUGCGGGGGGGGGGGAUUCUAGAAAUGUGGCUUCUCUGGGUAAGGGCCCCUCUUUGCUCCUGAGUUCAGAUAGUUGGGACAGGCAUUUUGAAUUAGUCAGUUUGUGUGUGGCUUCAGUCUUCUAGCUGAAAAAUGGGAAGAUCCCUGUUUCUUGAGCUCUCAGGAAGGUGAAAGAACAACAUUCCUUCUGGUGAUCUAUGGUGGAAUCAUUUCAUGUCCUGCGUUUGAGGGUCCAAACUUUCAACUUUUGUCAGUCUCACCAUGAAUAGACCGAUCCAUUGGCUGAAAAGAGUGUGUGUGUGUGUGUGUGUGUGUGUCAGAGCUUCCUGUGACCCCACAGUCCCCUCAGAAUCUCUCUCUGACCUCUCUGAUCCCUGUUAAAGCCUCUGCCCCUGAGCAGCGGGAUGGGCCUGAUGGCUUCAGGGACCUCUUUCAACACACUGGGAUUCUGUCCUCACUCACACGAUGCAUUUUAUUAUUUCAGUGCUAUUCGUGUGCAGGAGAGUUUUGAAGUUCGCUUUCUUGCCCUUGGAAUUCUAAUUCCUCUACAUAAAUUAAAAAAUAGUGAGAGAAAAACACCAAAUGGUAUACUGACGUUCCAAAAGUUGAAUCUCUUUAAU